AUGUCCAGCUCCAUCAACAAGUGGAUGGGUUGUGCAGGGACAAGACAGAAACGACAAAAGUGGGAUGCGGAAAAGCUGACCGAACAGGGCACAUUAGUCGAUGCAUACAUCCUCCUUACUGGCAUCGAAGCCUUCUGUAGGGUCCGCUACGAUCUCUGGGGAAUGCUGCCCCUGGGCGCAUGGACCAUUUCAAUAGGUGUCAAACCAAAGUCAGAUCUCCAAAGUGAUAACCCAGCACACAGAAACAGAUUUGAUCCCCAAAUGCAAUCCGCCGCAGUACUUCAUCGCGCCUCAGCCUUGCAGGCUUGCAGAUCCGCGAGGCUGCAACCUGCUGGGCGACGCCUUUUCCAGACGACAAGAUCUCGUUUCGGUGAGAAAGCAGCUCCUUCCAGACCCGAAGCCCAGGACAAGAACAGCAGACUUCCACUAUUCGCUGUCGGCGGCCUCAUUGCUCUGUUCCCCUUCUACUACAUCUUCCACUCCGACAAGCCCGCCGCUUCCGAGCACACAAAGAUCAAGGAGAAACGAAGAGAGGUAGGCACGCACAACGAGACGAGAGAUCCGAGAGACAGCCCUGUCAAGACGCUGGAGCAGAAAAAGGCAAGGGACAAUCAAGCAUGA